AUGGAGACACGAGAUAUUGUUCUAGAGAGUACAAGUGGAAAGUUGCAAAGGAUAUGUGAAUUACAUCCGGCGUAUUUGCCUCUGCAAUAUCCACUAUUGUUUCCAUAUGGAGAGGAUGGCUUUCGAUUAAAUAUUCCUAUUGGUUUUGAAGACAGCACUGCGAGAAAACGCAAGAAUGUAACUAUGCGUGAGUACUUUGCAUUUCGGAUUUUAGAGAGGAGGUGGGAAGCACCUACAAUUACAAGAUCAGGCAGAUUGUUUCAUCAGUUCCUUGUGGACGCUUACACAAUGAUAGAAUCGAGUAGACUACGUUACUUGUGGCUGAAUCAGAAAAAGCUCCGGUCAAGUAGUUACGCUGCAAUCCAGAAAGCAGCUACAAGAGCUGGAGCUAAGAUGGCGGAACAAGGGAGCCGAAUUUUCAUUCCAGCAACUUUCACCGGGGGAAAAAGGUAUAUGAAGCAGCACUACUAUGAUGCCAUGGCUCUGUGCAAAUACCAUGGAUUUCCCGAUAUUUUCAUCACUUUUACGUGUAAUCCAAAAUGGCCUGAAGUUACAAGGUAUCUGAAAAAAUAUAACCUGACCACCGAAGACAGGCCAGAAAUAUUGUGUAGAGUUUUCAAGAUGAAACUCGAUAAUCUUAUCGGCGAGUUGACUAAAAAGAACGGCUCCUUAUUCGGUCCUGUUGCUGCAGUAAUGUACACGAUUGAGUUUCAAAAAAGAGGAAUGCCACACGCUCAUAUUCUUGUCUUCAUGGAAAAAGGAUCAAAAUUUCCAACAGCCGAUGAUAUAGAUAAGAUUAUUUCCGCUGAAAUACCAGACAAGAUAGUAGAUCCAGACCUGUAUGUGAUCGUUGGGGAUUGUAUGAUGCAUGGUCCUUGCGGUGCAGCAAAGAAGGAUAAUGUAUGUAUGGUUAACGGUAAAUGUUCUAAGAUGUUUCCGAAACCCCUCAACAUCAGGACAUCGAUUGACGCAAAUGGAUUUCCAGCUUACAUGCGUCGGAUUGAUGGUAGGUUCAUUGAGAAAAAUGGAAUCAGAUUAGACAAUGGAUUUGUUGUACCAUACAACAGAGACCUCAUGCUUCGAUAUCGCGCCCAUAUGAAUGUAGAGUGGUGCGUCCAAACACGAGCUGUUAAGUAUCUUUUCAAAUAUAUUCAUAAGGGACCUGAUUAUGCCUCAGCUGCAAUGGAUAAAGAAGAUGAAGAUGGUGUCAUUGACGAAAUCAAAACAUAUUACGACUGCAGAUAUAUUACUGCAUGCGAGUCGUCUUGGCGGAUUCUUGCUUUUCCUACACAUUUUCGUACUACUUCUGUAGAGAAACUUGGCUUUCAUCUUCCGGAUCAGGAACUGGUAUUUUUUGAUGAAGAUGAACCUAUUGAGAGUAUUCUCAACAAAAAGACUGUCAACCAAACCAUGUUUUUGGCCUGGUUCAUAGCAAACAGAAAAUAUGCAGAGGCAAGAGAGUUGACAUAUGCGGAAUUUCCAACAAAAUUCGUUUGGAAAUCAAGUACGAGAGAAUGGGUACCACGGAAACGAGGCUUUGCGAUAGGGAGGAUUGCGAAUAUUCAGCCAUCAUGUGAUGAGCUAUAUUUCUUAAGAGUAUUGCUAAACUGGGUAAGAGGGCCGACAUCAUACGAGGAUAUAAGAACAGUUGAUGGUGUUUUAUAUCAUACAUACGAAGAUGCUUGCUAUGCGUUGGGAUUAAUGGAUGAUGACAAGGAAUUCAUAGAAGCUAUCAAAGAUGCCAGUGACUGUAGUUCUGCGACGUAUGCAAGGAAGCUUUUUGCGAGAAUGUUGGUUUCCAAAUCGUUGUCUCAGCCUCAUGUAGUGUGGGAAGCUACUUGGGAGUAUCUUACCGACGAUAUUCUUUACAAGAAGCGGCGAGAAAAUGGAAGACCUGAUAUGAACUUGACCAUAGAGCAGAUCAAAAAUAUUGCUCUUACUGAGAUCGAAAAUCAUUUGCUCAGCAAUGGUCGUAGCCUCAAGAAAUGGCCCCACAUGCCAAAGCCAGAAAAUUUAGGAGAUUACAACGGCAAUCGCCUUAUAGAUGAUGAGCUUAAUUAUGUUGUGAAAGAUCAGCUAAAGGAAAAUGAAAGACUUAUGGCGAUGAUAACAGAUGAGCAAAGAGGGGUAUACGAACAGAUUCUGGAUGCAGUUUUAAAUGAUAUCGGUGGAGUGUUCUUUCUUUAUGGUUAUGGAAGCACAUGA